UCGCUACCCUUCGAGUUCGAGGCCCCUCCCCUCGACGGAACCCCUCCUCUCCUCCCCUCCCCUCCCCUCCCCUCCGCCGCCGAGGUCGAAAUCUGCGGCGAAUGCGACCGGGAGAACCGAUUUCAAGGAUCAGCUCGCUGCUUUAGGGGGAAUCGCCUUUUGGCCCGUAUCUGCUUUGCUGCCUGCGGAAAGGGUCGCUGCGGCCUGCGGGCGAUUCCGGAUUUGUCUGCAAAGCGUCAUCCUGACCUGAUACCCGUUUAUUAAAUUGUAAUCACCUACCAGGUUCGAGCUGCCGGGCAAAUAUGGCCAAUGUACUUGCACAUGCUUUUCAGGCAGCUCAAGAGAACCAUGCGGUUGCAGAGGAAACAUUCAGAUUAUGUGACGAGGAUCGUCUGUCUGAAGUUUUCAGAAAAGUGCGCCGGUCCAUUGAGCAGCACCCCCACUCAAAGCAGGCAGACACGACGUGCUGUGUCUCAGCUGAAAGGAUAAGCCAUGACAGUUAUCCAUCAUCUGAUGAUGGUGAUGUUCCAGAGUGGCACCUUCAUUUUUCCAACCAGGCCAAUCCCCUUGAUGGAACUGGCAAGCGGCAGCUUCAUUAUCCAGCGCAUAUGUAUAUGGAAAUGGAGGGUCUUGAAUUUGAAUGUAUCUUACCUGCCCGUAUGGACCAACUAGAAGACAUUGUACGCCAUCACAUAGUGACUGUUGGUCCUGGUUACGAGACAGAGCUACUCCAACAUCUCUCACACAGCACAGAUGCAUUGACCAGCAUUUUCAAUGAGCUGGAAAUUCGGCUGACCAGUAUUAGUCCUUCUGAAUGUCAAGAUUUGCCCAUCAAGUUGAAAACAUACACCGAAUUGCUCUGGAUGAUUAAAAGGGAGUUAUGUGAUGAGAGUACACAAUCUAGGGAAUUUAAGCAGUUAUGUGAUGAGAGUACACAAUCUAGGGAAUUUAAGAUGGGCUACUUUGCACAGUUUGCAAAACACCCUAUAGAAAUUCUCGUGAAAAUUGCACUUCUUCUCAGCAAGAUGGAGUGGUCUGUCACUGAUAUUUGUUCAAUGAUGCUUGCAUAUGAGGCAGUUAUGGAUGUUGUUCCACUUAUCCAAAAUUUAAUUCCCAGUGAAUCUGAUGAUCUCUUACCCAAGAUUAAAAGUAACAUCUGGGAGUCUUUCAGUAAAAUAGUUGGCAGUUUGGGGGAUCCUCAGGAUGGCGCCAUUCACUCAGUGACAUGUUCCCUCGUAGACUCGGUGAAGAUUUUCCAUAGUCACAAAGAGUUAGUGCAAUUUUUUGCCCCAGAUGAUGACUGCCACUCGUUUGGUAAUCUUCUGUUUGGCGUGAUUGAAAGCUGGAUAUCUGCACUCGAGGAACAUACGAUGUUAGAUCGUCAGUGGAAGAACAUUUUCAUACUGAACAACAUGAGUCAUUUAAAGGGGAAGACAAAUGGUCUGUUAGAUGAUUUGCUGGCUCAGCAGCAUCUUAAUUUUCCUCAUCUUGGUUAUUUCAAAUCACUCACGGAAAUCUGGAUCCAGGAUUACGUGCUGGAUGCUUGGAAGCCAGCCUUAUCUUGUUUGUGGGUUGGUCGGCACUCAUCCUUGGUUAAAUUUACCUCAACAUUCAAUGGGAUUUUUGAUCAUCAGAAAACUUGGGUGGUUCCUGAUCUUGUUCUACGGGAAACUCUAAGAGACCGUAUAAAGAGGCAUAUUUUGCCAACAUACAGCGCUUUCUUGGUGGAUUACCCAGAUACUGGGCCGUCUGGUUGUUUGUGUUUGUGGGGAGAUUCAGCAAAAGAGAUAUAUACCACAGAGAGUUUGGAGAAGGUGGUGGGCACGAUAUUUGAAGGAGGAACUGGACAGCCUACUUCUCCUUCCCUUUCUCCUUAUUAUCCAUAGAUUAGACUAUCAAGUGGAACUGUACAUAUGUGAAGAUUUUCUCACACGAAACCACUGAUAUCUGUGUAAUGCCUAUCUUGGAGGCCUUUUCCUCCCCAAGUAGUCAGAUAGGGAAAAGACUCUUGUUGUAUAUUUGAUAUUCUUCUUGUGCCCAUAUUGAAGAAGAUCGGGAAAGAUGGUUGA